AUGGAGAAACUUGAGUAUCUUGUGUAUUUCAAUGUUUCAUUCAAUGAACUCACAGGUAAAAUUCCAAAUGGAGGGCCUUUCAAGAACUUUACCUCAAGUUUUUUCACUGGAAACGGAGAAUUGUGUGGAGCAUCUCAAUUUAAGGUCCAGUCAUGCAAAGGUGAUACAACUCGAUUAUCAAGCAAUACAAAAUUCUUGAAGUACAUUUUACCAUCAAUUGCUGUUGUAUUGAGUCUAGCCAUUACUAUGGUUUAUUUAAUAAGACGCCACAAUAGAAAUACACUUUUUCUAGCCCAGUCUACUCCCCCUGUCACUGUCAAGAGAAUUUCAUAUUAUGAAGUGCUAAAUGCUACAAAUAAAUUUGGUGAAGAGAGUCUAAUUGGCAAAGGCAGUAUUGGUUCGGUGUACAAGGGAAUGUUUUCAGAUGGAAUGAUUGCUGCUAUUAAGGUUUUUAAUCUAGAUUUGGAAGGUAUAAACCAAACUUUUUAUAUUGAGUGCCAAAUGAUGUGCAACAUUCGUUUGAGAAAUCUUGUCAAGGAAAUUAGUAGUUGCUCUAACCUUGAUCUUAAAGCCUUGGUGCUGGAAUAUAUGCAUAAUGGAAACCUUACCAAAUGGCUAUCUUCAAUCAACUAUUUCCUAAAUUUAGCUCAAAGAUUGGAAAUAAUGAUAGAUGUGGCAUUUGCACUAGAGUAUCUACAUUAUGGGCAUUACUCUUCGAUUGUCCAUUACUUUGGCAUUGCUAAGCUUUUCACGAAAGACCAGAGAAUUACGAUUACCAAAACGUUGGGCACCAUUGGAUAUAUGGCUCCAGCUAAUUUGAUCCCACGUUCCAAUGUUGUAGAAUAUGGAUCAGCUGGAUUGGUAUCAACUAUGGCAGAUGUUUAUAGCUAUGGGAUUAUGCUGAUGGAAACAUUUACCAAGAAGAAGCCAACGGAUGAUAUGUUUAUAGUGGAUGUUGAUUUAGUGAAUGCUGUUGAAGAUAAUAUUCGAGCUAAGGAGAGCUGCUUCACAUUAAUCAUGGAACUAGCACUAGAAUGCAUGACAGAUUUGCCCGAAGAGAGGCUCAAUGCUAAAGAUGUUCUAGCGAGGAAACUUGGCUAUCAUUCUAAAGAUUUUAAAACUCUUUUGGCUUCCAUUGUUGUGUUGCAGUGUGUUGUAGUUGUACAUUCAGUCUCCAAAACCACCCCCCAACUUAAGGCUCACGACAAUAUCAAAAUGCAAGCACAAAAGUGGGCUAUUCAAUACUUCUCUAAUCAGUAUAGUGGUGGUGAUGGAAAGUUGGGAUCCGCAGUGUCGUCUCCUGGUGAUGGGGUUGUCGAGUCAGGAUCUGCCUCAUCAACUCAGACUACUGGGCCUGCUCGGCCUACAUAUCUUGAACUCCAAGUUGCCUAA